AUGUUCAACGGUGCCAGAAGUGAGGGAUAUGUCCAAGAGCUAUUUCAUGAGGAAGCACAGCAGGUAUCUCAAAUGCAGACCAAGCCCUGGUGGAAGAUCCAGCUGUUUGUGUGGGAGCCGGUGCUUUUUGGAACGUGGGAUGGCGUCUUUACCUCCUGCAUGAUCAACAUUUUUGGAGUGGUUCUUUUCCUGAGGACAGGAUGGCUUGUGGGAAACACUGGCAUUGUAAUGGGCAUGUUUCUGGUGUCCUUUGUCAUCCUGGUUGCCCUGGUGACAGUUUUAUCUGGAAUUGGGGUGUGUGAGAAGUGUAGCGUCGGAAGUGGAGGAGUCUACUCCAUGAUUUCUACUGUCCUUGGCGGUCAAGUAGGGGGGACCAUUGGCCUCCUUUAUAUUUUUGGCCAGUGUGUUGCAGGUGCCAUGUACAUCACUGGCUUUGCAGAGUCCAUUGCAGGUGUCCUAAACCUCAGCAACAUUUGGGCCGUGCGUGGGAUAUCCCUGUUUGUCCUGCUGGGCCUGCUGGGGAUCAACCUGGCUGGAGUGAAGUGGAUCAUCAGGCUGCAGCUCCUACUGCUCUUCCUACUGGCUGUCUCAACACUGGACUUCGUCAUUGGGUCCUUUACACACCUUGAUCCAGAAAACGGUUUUGUUGGCUACUCCGAAGAGCUUAUGUUCAACAACACACUGCCGGACUACAGCCAGGGGGAGUCCUUCUUCACUGUUUUUGGAGUGUUCUUCCCAGCUGCCACAGGUGUGAUGGCUGGGUUCAAUAUGAGUGGAGAUCUCCAGAAGCCUGCUACCAACAUCCCCCUGGGGUCCCUUGCUGCUAUUGGCACCUCGUGGUUCCUGUACAUGGUCUUUGUUUUUUUGCUGGGAGCCAUUUGUACCCGUCAGUCACUCCGCUAUGACUUCAUGAUUGCAGAGAAGGUGUCCUUGGUGGGUUUCUUGUUUUUGCUGGGGUUGUAUAUCUCAUCCUUGGCCUCCUGCAUGGGAGGGUUGUAUGGAGCACCCAGGAUCCUGCAGUGCAUCGCCCAGGAGAAUGUCAUCCCUAUGCUUGCCUUCCUUGGACGUGGGAAAGGACCCAACAAGACUCCAGUGGCUGCAAUUUGCUUAACAAGUCUCAUCACCAUGGCUUUCGUCUGCAUUGGACAAGUGAAUGUUCUUGCUCCCAUAGUCACCAUCAACUUCAUGUUGACAUAUAUUGCUGUAGACUAUUCUUAUUUCUCAGUCUCCUUGAGCUACAACAUCCAGCAGAAACCUGACGAGACCCAGAUGGAAAAUGCUGGACCUGCUCACUCUUCCCAGCCUUUAAUUUUCAACAAGUCUUCCAGCCGUGCAGCAGAUGGAGUAAUUCAGAGCAGAUCAAAUGGCACCUUGCUGGAAUUCACAAAAGACAUGGACCAGCUUUUUAAACCCUUUCGUAGCCAGCCAGCUACUUGGAAAAAAGGAGCUGAGCACUCAUCUCAAAAGGUCAAACAAAAGAAGGCAAAGAAGCCAGCCAAGCAGACAUUGCAAGACAGCUUCCUCCUGGAUCUCCAGCAUGAUGCUACCCCAUCUCAGCAUGGCUGGGAUGAGACUGUGGAGCCCUACAGUGAAUGCAGACAGGACCUGGCUGAACAGGGCCAUUGGCAUGACAUGGGUCCAUGUUCAUCACCUGCUGCAGAUGCCCAGGGGACAUCUGGGCUGCUGGAUCUGGGGGAGCAGCUCUGCGAGGUGCAGGGGUUCUCAGGCCAGAGGGCAGAAGACUUCUCUAUGAGGCAACAAAGUCCAGAGCUGGAAAUUCAGCAAAUACCAGAAUCCUUCUACUCCAAAUUCUGUAAUCAUUGGGUUUCCUUUGCUGGUGCCAUCAUGUCCCUCAUCAUAAUGUUUGUCAUUCAGUGGAUCUACACCCUUGUCCUCCUGGGUGCAGCAGUGAUGCUGUAUGUCUACAUUGGCCAAGUGAGCCCAGGACUCCCCCUUGGAGCAGCAGCAAGUUUCAGUUUCUUCAGUUGGAUUAAGUCGAUUUUGAUCACCUCAUGCAGGAGAAGGCCAUCUCCCAAGGAGCAGAUCGUGGUGACACCAUCCCUUGCAACAGUUGGCAUGGAGACCACGCAGCUCACCGAGGAGAACGCAGACUUUGCCUCACGGGACCGCUAUCACCAGUCCUCGCUCAUCAGCGGAGAGCAAUUUGGGAAACAGUUCCAGUGAAGGACGCAGCAAAAACCAAGGCAUUACUUCAAAAAGCAUUUAGAAAUGCUAAUGGCUGCCAUGGUGCCUUGUGAAAUACUUGAACAUACAGGAAAAGGACAUGGAUAGUUAGUUAUAUAUUCAAGGCUUGUUUGUUUAUGCAAACUAGAACACUGUUGGGUUUCAAAUCUUAUCCAGAAUGAGGGGUAAAAGUGCAAAUGAAAGGGCCAGUCUGGGGAAGUGAUGAGUUACUCAGGACAAUAUAAUCCUUUUAAAGAAUUCCAUUAUUAGCACUAUUGAACUCUAAAGACCAUCGCUGCUAUAAAAGCCUACAACACCCCACUGCAGAUGUCCCCUGGGUGACUGGGGAUGCUUUGCGCCUGGAAGCUGUGACCUCAGCAGCAGCAGCCAGCACCCUGCUCCCAGCUGUGCUGUGGAUGGAUGUGACCUUCCAGGUCAAUUCACUUCUCCUCUCGGCAUGAAUUUGCCUGCUUGUAAUACAGUAAUUUUCUACCUCAGUAUUUCAAUUACCAAGGUCUUAGAAGGUAGUUAAGUCAUUAGACAAUAGGCCAGAAUUGGUGGUGAGUGCAAGAAGAUUACAAAAUAUAUCCACAACUAGAAUCAAGCCUGCAGUAAUGCAGUAUAAAGGCCUCUACUGUGAAACUGUGAAAUGAUGUCUUAGAAGCUGUUCAGAGUGAUUUCCCACAUCCUUUCUGAUGUGACGUCUGGGACCUGACAGCGUAGCUGUGUCCAAACAGAGAGACAGAUGAUUCAGAAGUGCCUUAACAAAAUACACUUAAAGCCACCCCACAGCAAUCUCCCACAAGUAGCCAUUUCUUUUGCUGCCGUGAUCUGAAAUGUAGGGAGGUUCAGCUGGGGAUGCUGCAGGAUUUCCUGCACUGACUUUAGGAUUGGUGGGCAGAGCUUAUGGCAUGAGGUAAGGUCCUGCAUGAGCACCUCUGUCACCAUUGCUUCUGUCCCCUAGGGAAAAGCCCUCUGCUAAGCAUGGUCCUGCCUGCAGGCAGCAGCCUUUUGAGAGAGACCUGGGGAGGUGUGCAGGUCCCAGCAGCACAGAUCAGUUCUGAUGCUACAAGGACAGGGAAAUUGCUACCUUUAACUUCCUUUUAUCUCUGAUCAUUUCAGCCUGUAGAUUAUUUAUUUCUCUUUUUGUGCAAUAAAAGUUUCAGAC